GUUUGGUCCCAUGUAUACUUUCUUGAGAAUGUUCUCUUUUUCCUGAAAAAAUGUUGACCUCUGCAGUACCUGUAGAACUGAUUAUUUGGUAAUGUCAGGGUCUCAGUGCUGUGCAGGGUCUCUUGCCACUUAGCAUAAUUUACUGGAACCAUACAGGAAAAUAAAUGUCUUAUUAGGGAAAUGUCACACAGAAUCUAAGGAGUAUCUGAAUCAACUUAGUUUUGUGUAUAAAUACCCCAAAUUAUAGUAAUUAUGAACUCUCAGGUGGGUAAGCUUGUACGUACAGCUGAGUGGAAACGAUGGGUUGAGGUCAUUUUUUAAUUUUAGUUUUAAUACGCACGCAAAUUCACCUCCGGAAAACAGCAGCCGUUUUCGGAUGCCACAUAGGGUGGUAAUGGUCUACAGUUUGAUGUUUUAUGGACAAACAACUUUUUGGGAGAUUUCACCGAGUGAUGACGUAGCGAGGAGCGAAGUUGAGACCUCGGGCGAGGGCAGAUCUGUUGCGGCGCGGCGUUAAAGUGCGACGGUCAUCUGCGAGUCCCGGACGCGGCGAAGCGUCCAGCCCAGCCCCGGCGCAGCCAGCUCCACACGGGGGGCCAUCUAAUCGCCAAAACUUAUUCGCUUGGGUCGCGAUCGCACCCGAGUUUUGCCAGGACCGAGUUGCCGUUUUCAGGUGGCGGCGACGAGUUUGAACCCUGCAGCUGCAGGGGCGAGACGCAGACGGUCGCUGGCGGAUCCUCGGUCUCGCUUAGGAAAUAUGCUCAAUUUAAUCAACGUUUACCGUCAAAAAACCUCGGAUCCAUGGUGAAGAGAAAGAGGACACCGCCUGCUCCCGAACAACACAAAAAUGGGAUGACCGUGAACCCCGGAGACGGCAGCGGGGACGAAGGGGUGAAGGAUUUGAGCCGAAAGCUUGAAGGUUGCGAGGAGGAGGAGAGCGGCGAGCAGGGGAGCGAGGAGAGCAAUACAAAGAGAGCCGGCGAUGGGAUCCCCGAUCCAGCGUUUGCGGGUCCGUCCGAGCCGUCGGCGGUACCCUCCACAUCCACAUCCACCCCAACUCCACCGGGACACAACUCGAACGCCCCGCAACAGACCUCCACCCCGACCGCCCAGAGCCAGGACCAGCAUCAUUUCCUGAGGUCCAGCGUCCGACCUCCCAACAAAAGGCUGCGGAAGGAUGCCAUUGCCUCCCCCGCGAACGGGCACAGCGGUGCCCGGGGGAAAGCUGUGGAGAAUGGGGCUCCUGUGCCCGUAGGCUGUGGCCAGUCCGGAUCUCCUGUGGGCCUGGCCAACGUCUCUAAGGCUGCCCCCCGGAACCUGGGGCCCAGUGACAAAGAGGAGGUGGGCAGCAGCCAGAAGAAGGCACGGCGGCAGUGGGAGUCCUGGAGCACGGAGGACAAAAACUCCUUCUUCGAAGGGCUUUAUGAGCACGGGAAGGAUUUCGAAGCCAUUCAGAACAACAUUGCACUAAAGUACAAGAAGAAGGGAAAGCCAGCGAGCAUGGUGAAGAACAAGGAGCAGGUGCGGCACUUCUAUUACCGCACGUGGCACAAGAUCUCCAAGUACAUCGACUUCAGCAAUGUCUACUCCCGGGUGAUGAAGAAGUCAUCCCGGGAGCUCUACGGCCUCAUCUGCUACGCGGAGCUCAGGAAGAAGGUCGGCGGACUGAUGGACGAUAAGAACGUCGCCAAACUGAACGAGCUCAUCCAGCAGGGAGCCACCACGGUGCGCUCCAAAGGUCGCAACCUGCGCAUCAAGGCGCCCAUGUGCCGCGCCCUGAAGAAGCUCUGCGAUCCCGAUGGCGUGAGUGACGAGGAGGACCAGAAGCCAGUGCGGCUCCCCCUGAAGGUCCCUGUGGAGCUGCAACCAAGGAGCAACCACUCCUGGGCACGAGUGCAGAGCCUGGCACAUAACCCCAGACUGAGGAUGGUGGUGGAGCUCCACAGGAAGGUAUCCAGCCUCAUCGAGUUCCUCAAGCAGAAGUGGGCCGUGCAGGACCAGCGCCUCUGGAAGAGCCUAGUGGAGAGGGAGGCGUUGGAGGGGCAGCAGCGCUCCGCGUGGGGCAUGGAGGAGGAGGAGCUCUUCCUGUACCCGGCGGAGAGCAGCACGCUGACGGCGCUGCCCGGCGUUGCCCGCGUUGUGCACUCCAAAGCCUUCUGCACUGUGCACUGGCUGGAAAGUGGCAAGUGCCGCACCAGUGCCAAGGACUUGCCUGCCGCCCAGAUCCUGGGCAUCCAGGCGGCCCCCAGGGGCCACGGGCGGCAGGGCCGUGUCGGAGGAGGGGAGGCGCGGCGAGCGGACGGUGGGGGUGCGGCCGAAGGGACCGACGGGCUGCCUGUCGACGGGUCGGAUGAAAAGAGCUCUUCGAACCCCUCGCAGUGUGUCAGCUCCCUGCCCCAGUCCUCUCUCGUCCCCGGACAGAAGGAGAGGAGUGCCCCGCCAGUGGUGGAGGGGAACUCCCCCCUGAGCGGCCCGGGGGAGAGGCUGGCGUUCAGGGCCGUGGGGGGUGAGGAUCCAGACAGGCAGGGUCCUGGCCCAUCGCCGAAGGAGGGCACCCCCAUGGAAGGCAGCUCAUCACCCGGGAAGGAGCCGCCCAGCGCGCUCAGGGAUCCCUGUGGGGAGGAGAGGACAGCAGGGGGCGCUCUGUCCCCCGAGAGGCAGGGGGCCGGUGCUGAGGCCCCGCCUCCGGUGCCGCCAGGGGACGUUUGCACUAAAGACGGCCCGACGUCGGAUGAGGGCGCCCCCGAGUUGGGGCGCAGAGGCGGCGGUGGCAGGGGGGCCGGGAAGGAGGAAGAGGUGGCGGGGGCGGCUGCGCCGUGCAGCCGCCCCCCCGAGCAGAUCCGUGAGGAGGGCUGGAAUGCCCACAGCACAGAGAAAGUGACACUAGCUGAGCUCUACCUCAUGCUGGGCAAACCGGGCAAACUGCAGCUGGAGUAUGAUUGGCUGCCCGUGUCCCGCCAGGAUGGCAGGCCGCAGCCCCAGCCCCUGCCCCCCCCCAGCAUGCACCGUGUGCUACGCUGCCUGCUGCGACUCGUCACCACCGAGGUGAACCCCAAGCCGGCGCCCGAGCUGUGCUCCACCGCCACCUCCCCAGUGAAGCCCACCCUGGAGGAGCAGGCUUUCACCCCCCCAGGGAAGACUCUGGCACUGGGGGUCCGCAGCCCGAGCUGUGUCCGGCAGCAGGCUUCUAUCCGGGCGGGCCCACGGAACCUUCCACGCCCCCUGCUGGUGGCAGGCGGCUCUGUCGACGCAGACAGCAGCCUCUUCGCCAUCCCCACCACGCUGCCCCCCAACAGUCGCCACGGCAAGAUGUUCUCCCCCAACAAGGAGGCGGAGAGGGCACUGAGGCAGCAACUGGACUCCAUCAGUAAGCAGUCUGACCUCUUUCUCCCCAAACCGCGCAAGAUCAGGAGUCGGCACAAGUCACUGGUGGUGCAGAGGACGCUGCUCCCUCGGACGACAGGGGAUACCCCGCAACAUGUCUGCUCCUUCUCCAUCUUCUCCAACUCGUCUGUGGCAGGAACCGGUUCUUUCCGGCCGAUCCAGCCGUCGCUGCGUCCGCCCACUGCGUCCGCCCCGCUCUCCAGUACGAUCGAUCAGGCAGCCAUGUCGGCUGGAAUCAUCCCCUGCAGCCCCGCCCACGUGCCUGCAGCUCCAGCCCCGGAGAGCCUCCUGCUGUCCCCCAGUCCAGUGGCCACCGAGCCGGAGGGGGGUCUGGCUCACCAGCCCCCCCCAGACAUGGUAUCUGAAGAGGUGACACUACAGAGCAGCCCACCACUGCCCCCUGCAGACACAGACUCGCUACUGUCCCCCCCGAGCGUGGCAUCCCUGCUAGACCUGUCGCUGCCGGGUCCCCCAGAGGAGGUGAUGUCCCAGGGUGAGCCGGCCACGCAGAUCAGUGACUCCAUCAUAGAGCUGGCCAUCAACUCACACUACGGUGAUGGACCUUCACUGUCCCCAGCUAAGCUGAACGGCACUGACGUCUCAAAGAGCCUCCCAUCCCCGACGGGCAGCCCACACCGCAGCUGGAUCGCGUCGCCCACGCACGACCCGCAGUGGUACCCCAGCGACUCCAGUGACUCCUCACUGGGCUGCCUGCUCUCGAGCCUGAUCUCCCCAGAGAAGGGCCGCAAGAUGUCCCUGCCGGUGCCCAGCCUGCUGGACAGCAGCUCCCACGACUCCUUCCAUGCCCGUGGCCUUGUUGACGUCGCAGAGGUGGACUCUCAGCUUGCCUGCAUGAUGAGUGAGAACAGCGUGGACUACAUCACCCGCUUCAACGACUUGGCGCAGGAGCUGUCCCUCCCCCCCCAUGGUCAUGGCAGCACGGGCUAGGGGGGGGGAGGGCGCAUAUGAGGUCUGGAUUGAUGUCUGGAGAUCAGUUUUUUUUCUUUUAACUACAAAGCAGCUCUAUGGAGACGAAUGUGCAAUAGAAGGUGACGAGGACAUUGGUGCGGUUGGUAUCAGGGACAGCCCCACAGCAUCCCCCAUGCCAAUCUGUGUGGGGUAUGGUGCCCCCCAAAAGCUCUGCCGUUCCUCGCUGCGGCUUCCCUAAUAUUAAACACUUCGGUAAAAUUUAUACGCUAGAACUGAACGUUGUUUACAAAAUGUGGCUUUUACGCAAAAGGCUGCCCCCCCCCCUUUCAUUCGCAGUACCUCUAUUUGCAUACAACCUUUUAUUCCACUGGGCGGGUGUCUGAGUAGGAUGCCAGGCUCAUGUGACAGUUUUACGAGAUUUUAAUUUUUAAAUGUUUUUUUUUUUUCCCUCUCUUCCACUGUCGUCCAAUGAGAUUAGUGUAAAAUUGAUGCAGUCACCUGCACCGGUGCCCUGACAUUCCCAGGUAUGUACAGUGCAAGCAGCUGUGAAAGGUUGUAAACAUCUCUCACUUGUGGUGUAAAUUCAAAUAGGAAAAACUGACAUGAGAUUUUGAGAAAGAUUGAGAUAUUUACUUCUAUGCUAGGACACUUUCUGUAGAUUUCAGGAUUUUUUUUUUUUUGGUUUUUCUUAAUUUCUUUUAUGGGUUUUCACUUCCUGUGCAAAGCUGAGCCUGAUCCCCAGAUUCUUUCCAAGUUAACUUAUGCACUGUUCUGUGGGAUUUAUUACCUAUGUGUCAGUUCACGAGGGGAGGUGGCUAACGGGGAUAGCUCUGACAACUAUUAGUGUUAACUUAUUGACGCAAAUAAGCAUGACCACCAAAAUCUGGGGGCUCACCUAAGACUAUUGGCUGUUGGAGUCAGUCGAGUAAAAUCAUAGGCUUGAGACAUACCGCAGUAAGGACACAAUUCUUCCAUUUAUGAAGUAAAGGUCCAUUUUUUUAUAGCAGGGCGCUGGCUGCUAUCAUCCUGUUGGAUGUCCUCUGUCAGUCCAGCAGUCUGACGGUGGUGUGGAAGCUGGCCUGAGGCCAGUGAAGUCCUGGUGUUUUAUUUUAUUUUUUUAAAUGCCUUUGUGUGUAGUCUUUUAGAGUUGAUGGCACUAACGCGAAAGCAUUGGCCAUGUUUUAGACUCUGAUGCGUUUUGUAACUUGUAAAUAGUUUUGUCCAUGUGGAUAGAUGCAUUAAAAAUAUAUAUAUAUAAAUAAAAAAAAAAUAUAUAUAUAUAUAUAAUCUGCCUCUUAAAAAAUUUUGUGGAAAUUUUAAUAAGCCAUAUAAGAAGAUGUUACAGCUGGUGUGAAUUUAAAUUGUAAUUGUAAGCUCUUCUGUUUUUUGUUUCUUUUUAUAUUUAAUAAGAGGAUUUUCCUUUAUUUGGACUGAGAUAUCCCUGAGAUGAUAAAGGGGGGAGAUGAUGAUGAUGAUGAUGAUGAUGAGAUGUGCUGCGUGGGCCUCUCAUACUGGCUUUAUGUUCUGGUUUGCUCUGUUUGUCACACGUGAACCAAGGCUUGAUGUGGAGUGUGCCUGACCAGUAGGGUUUUAUCGUGGUGCUGUUUUUUUUUUCUUUUGCUCUUUCUGACUCACCCAACCCACCAACCACCAGCAUACUGACUCACACCGACUGUGGGACUAACAUACAUAAGAUGAUGCAUGUCCGCUGUCCCGAUGCCCUCGUUCAGAAAUCACAGGAUUGGUUCUAUGUGUUGUCUGGCAGGGAAAUGGCCCCUCCUCAUACAGGUUGUAGUAGACUAGAAAAUCCACAUAAGAAGACAAAGAUGGUAUUUCCAGCCUGAUGUUUUAGUUCUGGUUAUUCUAAGCUAAUACUCUUCAAUCCCUCUAUUAUGAAGUACAUUUUAUAGAGAGCAUUCAAUACGGAAUAUUAAAACAGGCCACAAUGAUUCAGUGUGAAGUUUUUUAGCGAACUAUGAAAUGUAUUAAACUGAGCUUUUCUUGACUGUAUAUUUGUGAGAAUAUUUGUUAGUAAGGUUGAUAUGACAUCCUAUUUCCAUCAUGAGUGGACACAAAAAAAAAUCCCAGCAGAAGUGUUGUGUUUGUGUAGGGAAAUGACGCUCGCUUUAAGCCUCCAUGGUUUUGCCAUGCAACAGUGCUUGUGAUGCUGCAAGGCGCUCAGAUCUGCUCAGCAAAUUCAACCAAUUUUAACAACUUAGGAACCAAGUGUAAAUUGAGAAUUUGAGCCUUUGGUGAUAGCCCGUGUAUAUAUUUACAUGUAGACAAACUUGCAUGUUCGAUAGGUUUUCAAUUGCAUCGAGUAUGACGCUUUCAACCACAGAUGUCAUUAAGAUGGGAAUUUAACUACUGUGCUAUUUGAUUUUUAGUAUCCCCCCCCCCCGGUUAACUACAUGCUGGCUUUACUUUCUAGUCUAACCCCCCGCCCCCCAUUUCAGUAUGAGGCUUACACGUAGGCAAGAACAUGGAUUAUGUUUGAAUACAAGGUGUUUGUAUUUGCAUAACAAUUCCAAAUCUGACUUUACCUUUUGUAACAUAUUGUAAAUUAUUUGGACUAUUUAUUGUUAACAAUUGAAAAAAAAAUGUUUUGGUUAUUUAAUAUUCAGGCUGAACUGUUAAAGCUGCAGUUUUAAGAGUUGCAAGUUUGUAAAAGGUGUUUUUACUCUUGUGGUUAUAAAUACAGUUUUAAAAAAUU